UAUUAAAGUUUCUCUUGCUGUAAACCCUAGGGUACUGUCGAUGCAAUUUCAUUCAAAAAUCCAUAUCCAACCUCAAGCCGCCGCAUAACCCAAACCCUAGCUCGACCUCGACCUCUCUCCCCUAUAAAUAGAGACAGGAAAAUAGUAGUUGGUCGUGGCUCAAAAUCCGCCGAAAAUGGAGCUCUGCACUUCUCAAGCCAUCACCUCGAAUCUCUCCCUCCACACACUCUUCACUUCGAACAACUUUCAUCUCCCAUCGGAAACCCCUCUCCGUUUCAAUCGAACCUCGAUUCGUCGCACCAAUCCAGGGAUGGUUUAUUUCACCAACUCAUCUCUAAGAUCAACAUCUUCAGAAGAAGCAUCAAGUGGUCCAAGUCAAUAUCUUGGGAAAGAACGUGGAGUAGCAACAUUGGAAGAUGUUCAACCAUUUGGAAAGAAAUCGUAUGCUGAAUUUGUGCAAGAGAAAGAGCCUGAACAAGAUUCUUCCGUGGAUAGGCAAGCUGCAGCACUUGGAUUUCUAGAUAACAUUGAUAUGGAGCUUGCCUCUAAAUAUGCAUUCUCCGCUCUCCUAGUAGAUGUUGUUUCCCUGAUUGCUUUGUGGCUGGCAACGGCCGUUGUUGGUGCUAUUGACUCUAUUCCUGUGUUUCCUAAAGUGAUGGAAGUUGUGGGUCUUUCCUACACGAUCUGGUUCAGCACCCGCUAUCUACUCUUCAAGGAAAAUAGGGAGGAAUUGUUUGCCGAAAUCGAAGAAAUUAAGCAAAAGGUUAUUGGUUGAAAUGAUGAUUGACAAUAACCUGGGGAGGGACCAUGUACUGCUGCAUGAAGUGGGCAAAUGUAGAGUGAGAAACUUAAAACAUGUUGUGUAGUUGGCUACUGGCAGUUUUUCAAGCCAGCCUGUGGAUAUGUAGGUUUUUGUCUAUCAUUUGUACAUUUGAAAAAGACAAUCAAAGUCCUUGCCAAAUUAUUUUCGAUUA